AUGGUUUCCUUCGAGAUCCAUCCAUAUACACAAUCUUCAACUGAUAAAGACUCUUUGGACAGUGCAAAACAUCCCUGUAAUGAUGCUGCUUCAUCUGACCCUCACAGUGGCCAAAAAGGAUCACCCCAGCAACCAUAUGAUAUAUCAGCUGCUACAUUUUUGGAUGUCAGCGUUAUGAGAUGUCUAUUUAUAACUCAUUGGCAAGAAGAAGGCAUUUAUUGGGCUUUACAUUAUCUCUACAACAGAUUGAGGGACAUAAGUGAAGAAUCCGCAGGCCAGCAACAACCGAGAAAAAGGAGCAAUUCACUACCAAUUCCAAAGAUAGAAAUCUCUUUGUAUCAGAGCACCGAAUCACGCAAACCUGACAAAGAUUUUAUAGAAGUGCCAGAACUGAAAGAUGUGUCUUUACUGGCUGAGUCGCCCUAUCCGAAAUUAUCCGAGGAAUCACUACACAAACGGACGGCAAGCGAAAAGAGCAAACGACGAAUGAAAAUUGCCGAUUUGAAGGCAUUUGUUGAAACUAAACUUCUCUCUAAGUCGGAUAAGGCUUUGGAGAAAAUUGGCCAGGAAGAAUCGUCCAAGUCUUUAAGUGAAAGAGCCAUGGAUUGUAGAAGAAUUAUAAAUGAGUACCAUAGAAGCUUGGAUACUGGAGAUGAGCAUUUAACAAGACCUAGCUCAGCUAUGUCAAAGAUGUUUGAUCCCACACCCAGCAAUUUGGUCAAGGGAAAAAGUAUGCCCAGUCUAAGCUGUUUAAUAGAUGAAAUGGCUGCCGGAGGAUACAUUGAAGAACACUGGGACUAUAGACGACCCAGCAAACAUGGCGGUACACAACCCAUGGCAAACCCAAUAAUAACAGUUACAGAACACACACCCACACCAUCACCAGAUUACCUUAGAAGGCAGGGUUCAAUGGACAGUCAGCUGGAUGCUGCCAGUUUGUCUGGCAGUAAAUUAGGCAACUGGCAAGAAAGGAAAGCCAGCUUAACCAGGUCACAGACUGAUUCGAACAUCACAUACGCCGGAGAAGACAUUCCUGAAGCUCCAGGAUCUGUCUGUUAUAUCACCAAAGAGGGCGAUAUUGACUAUCAAGUUUUAUUAAAGGCCGUUCAUAGAACUUCACUUAGAGAUAACACGGUGUGUACCUUGAGGGUCUUGGAGGUGAUUUUGAAUCUGGUGGAACUGUUGAUGGAUAUGGGAGUCCUGAAACAAUUUCUUAGGGAUGAGGCGUUGGCAUCAUCGACACCGUUGCCAGACAGCAGUCCCGGAAAAAGUAGUGCUAAAGUGCCAACUAGUGCCACUCAUACUUCUAUAGGAAAUGAGCCCGAGAAAGCCACCAAACCUAUGAGUUCACAUAGAAUUAUCAUGAGUACAAUUGUUAGAGUUUUAAAGCAUUUGGGCUGUCCUCAUGGCUGUGCUGAUGGUCAGCGAGGUCCCGCAGCUGAAUUCCUGAGAACGCAGUGCCAAAACAUAUUGGCAAAGUUGAAUAGGGCGAGCAGCAAACAGUUCAAACACUUCUUGCGUGAUUAUGUGAAAUAUAAUACACUUACUGAUAUUCUAGACUUUUUCCACGCCUAUGUCGGUUAUUGCAUUGAUCCUAACUCUUUGCUCUCCCCCUUGAAUUUGCCUGCUGUUUGUUUCUGCAAUUAG